GUCUUGUCAACGUUUCAGAUGAUUAGGUCUACAGAGCAGGAAUAAUUGUGUGAUUUGUGAAUCCUGACACAGAGGAAACAGAUAAAGGAAUGGUUCAAAUAGUCAUUUCAAGUAAAGCUGGUGAAGGUCCAGCUGAAUGGCUGCUGGUGGAGCUGCAGGGAGAAAUUGUGUCCAGACAGAAUACUGGACUUGCAGGAAAUCUGAUGGGAGACCUGCACUACACUAAAGAGAGUGUACCGGUCCUUGUAGUCGGACAUCACAUCCGCUAUGGCAAACAGGUUAAACUGGAGAAGCCCUUUGCUGUUCUGAUGAAGCAUUCCGGACUCUCUCAGGAUGAAGAGGAAAACAUGGAAACCAACCAAGAGAACCCCAACAUCUUACACCGUUUCCGCCCUCAUUAAAAAGAAGCUCAUCUUUAAAACCCGACCAAAACCCAUUAUCACUAAUGUGCCAAAGAAAGUAUAACUUAUGUCCAGAUAUCAGAGACUAACUGAUCAGCACAAAAUUCUAGAUUUAUAACCAUAUGUGAAUAUAUACAUGUGGUUUUGAAUAGUGGGUUAGAAUCUUUGUACAUUGUUGUCAGGAAUGUGUAAUUGACAAUAAUGUUGAACAAAUA